AUGCUGGAGCGGGCGCUUUGUGCACGGCAUGCCCUGGGGCAAGGCCUGAAAGCACAUCUGGACGGCUUUCAGCUGUUGCGGGCUCCAGUCGUCACCUCCUUCAUCAAUGGCCGCUACAUCGAGCCGACCAACGACCCUAGUCGGGACAUGCACUGGAUCGAGCCCGCCACCAAGCAGGCUCAUGUACGGGUCGAAGCGGCAGCCAUGGCUGACCUAGACGAGGCGCUGCAAGGCGCUCAGGCUGCACAGCAGCAGUGGGCGCUCACGUCAGGCAUGGAGCGUGCCCGAGCCUUGAUGGACGUAGCACACUACCUGCGAACCCAUACCACGGCCUGCGAAAGCAUUGAAUGCCUUGACACGGGCCGCCCAUUCCGUGAAAUGGCUUUGGCGGACCUGCCCUCGGUCAUUGAUAGCUUUGAGUAUUUUGCCGGCGUGGCGCAGCGCGUCAGUGGCGAGCACUACGACAUGGGCGGUGGCAGCUUUGCUUACACGCGUCGCGAGCCCCUGGGGAUCUGUGCUGGUAUCGGCGCCUGGAAUUAUCCUAUGCAGGGAGCUGCCUGGAAGGCAGCGCCAGCCAUGGCGACUGGCAACGCUCUGGUUUUCAAGCCAUCCGAGCAUACACCACUCUCAGCUCUGCUGCUUGCUGAGGCCGUCCAGCAAGUGGAGGCCAUCCCAACGGGACUCUUCAACGUGGUCCUGGGUGAUGGAGCCUUGGGAGCCACCUUUGCCACCAACCCAUCUUUUGCCAAGGUCUCUUUCACAGGUUCGCGCGCCACGGGCCUCAAGAUCACCAGUGCCGCUGCCGGGGAUCUCAAACGCGUGACGAUGGAGCUGGGUGGCAAGUCGCCUCUGAUCAUCUGUGCCGACGCCGAUCUUGAGCAAGCCUGUCGCGGCGCCAUAAUGGCAAACUUUUUCUCCAAUGGCCAAGUGUGCUCCAACGGCACCCGCGUAUUUGUGGCACGCGAGGUUUACCAGCCAUUCACUCAGCGUCUUGUCGAGCUGACUGCCCAGCUGCGCGCUGGUGACUCCUUUGACGAACAGGUGGCCGUGACACCGGUCAUUCACAACGACCACGCCGCCCGUGUACGAGAGUUCCUGGAGCGCGCGCGCACACAAGGGGCAACCGUGUUGUAUGGUGGCGAGUAUGCCGACGAAGAGGUCCCUUCACACAUUGAUCGUACUGGGCUGAUCAAACCCCACAUCUUGACCGACUGCUCUGAUGACAUGGAAAUCGUGCGAGAGGAGGUGUUUGGGCCCGUCAUGGCCGUGUUGCCCUUUGAUACCGUGGACGAGGCCGUGCGCCGUGCGAACGAUACGCCUUACGGCCUGUCGGCGGGUGUUUUUACCCAAGACCUCAAGCAAGCGCACCGCGUUAUUGCCGAGCUCAAGGCCGGCACCACUUGGAUCAACGACUACAACCUCGCACCCACGCAACUGCCGUGGGGUGGCUACAAGCAGAGCGGUGUUGGCCGUGAAAACGGCACUGACGCCAUCAACCACUGGACGCAGCUCAAAAGAAUUGGUUCAAGAGAGAGAGCGAAGAGAGAGAGAGAGAGAGAUCUUUUGUUCAGUGGGCACUGCUUUUUAUUUCUCUCUCUCUCUUUCUCUCUCUUUCUCUCUCUCUCGGAGGAUAACGGAAACGACAAGAUGAUGGCUGCCAUGGUUCCCCGUGCGCCCGUGCUGGCAGGCCGUGCGUUGAGCACCGCCACUGCGCGCCAUAACAUCUCGCACGUGACGGUCAUUGGCGGUGGUCUGAUGGGCUCGGGCAUUGCUCAGGUGGCUGCUGGUAGCCAGCACAAGGUCGUGCUCUGUGAUGUGUCGCAGGAUGUGCUUGACAAGACCAUCAACCGCAUUGAGACCAGCCUGGGCCGAGUGGCCAAGAAGAAAUUUGCGGACGAUGCCAACGGCGCCAAGGACUUUAUUGCUGCCACCAUGGACAACUUGAGCACCUCGACAGAUGCCGUCAAGACCAUUGGCGAUGGCACGGAUCUUGUUGUGGAAGCCAUCAAGGAGGAUCUGGAUCUCAAGAAGAAAGUGUUUGCCGAGUAUGAUGCCGUUGCCAAGGACCACACCAUCUUUGCAUCCAACACUUCGUCGUUGUCCAUCGGCAAGAUUGCCGAGGCGACGCAGCGCAAGGACCGCUUUGGUGGUCUGCACUUUUUCAACCCCGUGCCAGUGAUGAAAUUGGUCGAGGUCAUUCGCAUUUCCGAGACGUCGGAUGAAACCUUCCAGGCCCUGAAGUCGUUUGGUGAGGCCGUGGGCAAGCACGUUGUGGUGUGCAAGGACACUCCCGGCUUUAUUGUGAACCGUCUUCUUGUGCCGUACUUGCUCGAGGCGGCUCGCAUGGUGGAGCGUGGUGAUGCCACGAUUGAGGAUGUGGACGCCGCCAUGAAGCUGGGUGCUGGCUACCCCAUGGGCCCUUUCCAGCUGCUGGACUACGUCGGUCUGGACACGACGGCCUUUAUCGCUCAGGGCUGGGCUGAGGACUACCCGGAGGAGCCCCUGUUCAAGCCUGUGAAUGUGAUUGCCGAGAAGGUGAAGGAGGGCAAGCUCGGCAACAAGUCGGGCCAGGGCUUUUAUGACUACUCCAAGUAAAGGCUUGUGCCGGAAUGACAUUGCGCGCUACUCCCAUCGAUUCCCCUCCCGGCAAGGCGCUUGCCCAAUUCCAAAUGUGUUCAAGUG